UGGAUCCGCUGGCGACCCCAGUCCGGCCCCAGGGAGCCACCAGCCGCCGGGAAGGAGCCCGGAAGAUGUCCGGUGGGAUCUUCUCACCUCUGGAGGGCCUGGGUGCCCUGGAUGGGCCGCACUGCCACCCACUCGUCUGCUUCCUGUGCCAUGAGCAGUACGAGCAGCCCUGCCUGCUGGACUGCUACCACAACUUCUGUGCCAGCUGCCUCAGGGGCCGUGCCAACGACGGACGUCUCGCCUGCCCGCUGUGUGGACAGCAGUCGGUGGUGAAAGGAAAUAAUGGGCUCCCACCCGUGGACCGGCUGCUCCAGUUCCUGGUGGACAGUUCAUCAGACAGCGAGGAGGCAGUGCGCUGUGCCAACUGUGAUCAGGAGUGCCACAAGCAGGAUGCAGAGACCACCUAUUUCUGCAACACGUGUGGGCAGCCCCUGUGCGCCCACUGCAGGGAUGAAACACACAAGGCCAAAAUGUUCUCCUGCCAUGAAAUCGUGGCUCUGAGCAAGCGCACCAUGGACAUUCACAAGAAGUGUUCUCUGCACUCGGAGCCCUACAUCAUGUUCUCUACUGACAAGAAGUCCAUGGUCUGCAUACGCUGCUUCCGGGACAUGCACGGGGAGAGCCGGGCACACUGCAUCGACAUCGAGACGGCCUACCUGCAAGGCUGUGAGAAGCUGGACCAGGCCGUGCUAGCCGUGAAAGCUCUGCAGGCGGCCACGCUGGAGGCCAUCGCCCUGCUGCAGGCCAUGCUGGAGGAGGUUCGGCGCAGUGCGGCAGAGGAGGAGGGUGACAUCCACGCACUUUUCAGCAGCAUGCAGGAGAAGCUGGCAGAGAGGAAGACGCUGCUGCUGAAGGCUGUGCAGACCCAACACGAAGAAAAGGAAAAAGCCUUCAAAGAUCAGCUCUCCCACCUGGCGUCUCUGCUCCCGACGCUGCAGGUCCACCUGGUCACCUGCUCUGCCUUCCUCAGCUCGGCCAAUAAGGCAGAAUUCCUGGACCUGGGCUACGAGCUGAUGGAGCGGCUGCAGGGCAUUGUCACCCGACCUCACCGGCUGCGGCCUGCACAGAGCAGCAAGAUCACCAGUGACCACCGUGCUGAGUUUGCCCGCUGCUUGGAGCCGCUGCUGUUGCUGAGCCCGCGCCGGGCGGCAGGGAGCGGGGGCAAUGCCACGUUUCCCAGGCCAGGCCGGCUAUUUCGGCUGUGCCCGGGCCAGAGAGGACGCACCUUGACUCGGUGGGGCCGGGGCUCUGCUGUGCUCCUGACUGGUACCAGCUGGACCCCAGCAGGGGAUCGGAGCAUCACAGCCAUGGCCACCCUCCCUUCCCUGGACAGACUUUCACGGGGGCCAGGUGCUAAGGCGCUGGUCAGGCCCGGUUGCCUGUCUUCCUGCGGAAAGAUGUCCGGCUCACCGGUUCGCAAGCCAACGUUGCACCGCUACAUCAGCACCAAAGUGCUGCUGGCUGAGGGUGGGGACACCCCCUUCACGGAACACUGCCGCAACUACGAGAACGCUUACCGGUCCCUGCAGUCGGAGAUCCAGAACUUGAAGGACCAGGUGCAGGAGCUCCAUCGGGACCUCACCAAGCACCACUCUCUCAUCAAGGCCGAGAUUAUGAGUGACAUCCUGCAGAAGUCCUUGCAGGUGGACAAGCAGAUAGCCUCCGAGUACAGUUCGGUGGAGAUGAUGAGGAGCAUCUUCGAGGAGACUUGGGAGGAGACAUAUCAGAGGGUGGCAAACGAACAGGAGAUUUACGAAGCCCAGCUCCAUGACCUACUCCAGCUGAAACAGGAGAACAGUUACCUGACCACCAUCACCAAGCAGAUCACACCCUAUGUCCGCUCCAUUGCCAAAGUGAAGGAACGGUUGGAGCCCAGAUUUCAGGAACCAACAGAUGAACAGCCAGAGACUUUGCCAAAAAUUUAUGAUGACAGCCUUAUUGUCAGCGAGACCCAGCCCAGGAAUGAUCCACUACGCAGCUCUGGAGACACAGACAAAGUCCUGGAGUCCCGAGAGGACAACCACACUCUGAACAUUCUCCCAGAGGAAACAUUCCUGAAAAAUAAAGAUUAUUACAAACACAAACCAAAGAGCGGGGUGACUGUCCCUACGCAGAAAGAGUUCACACUCUAGCAGAGAAGUCCAGGAUAAUUUGGUCUUUUCCGGCAUGCAUGCAAAUAACAUAUUUGGAAAAACUUCCUUCCUAGCCCAUCUGUAGUUUUUCAAAGACAGAUUAACAGCUGUGAAACAGAUUUAAGUGACAAAUAAUAGUGUUUUCAAAUUUUGACACUUUCUCCUCCAGAAAGCCUUUUCAGGCUUGAUUAUUAUUC